GUUGGGACCCGAUAGCGUAUGCAAUAACUUGCGGCGGAUGGUUUACGAUGAAUCCUCCUAAGGGACCCGUUGAAACGACAGCUCAAGAGAAAUCAGACUCGGACAGCGAGGAAAGUCAAAAGCCGAGAGAUAUGACCACCGACGCAGGACAUAAAGUGAAGAAGACUUGCCUCCCGUUCAGUGUUGAGUCCUUGAUGGCCAAAUCAAGCUGCCAGGUCGCGUGUUCUCCGGUUGUCCCACACCAGAGACUGGGACUGGGACAGGACUUAGUAAGGACUUACUUUGUAGAGAAAACCAAAGUUUCUGUGGACAAUUUGUCAAGCGUUUCGGACAGCCUAAACGACGACAGUGAAGAAUUAAGCGAUAAGGAACAGAGCACUUGGUCAAACUCCUCAUCUUUCACAUCUCCUCCUCGUCACCCGAGCCCAACGCCGUGCACCUUACGCAAGCACAAGACGAAUCGGAAGCCGCGUACGCCCUUCAGCACCUCCCAGCUGCUCUCCCUGGAGCGCAAGUUCAGACAGAAACAGUACCUCUCCAUCGCCGAACGGGCCGAGUUCUCCAACUCCCUAAACCUUACCGAGACUCAGGUCAAGAUCUGGUUCCAGAACAGAAGGGCGAAGGCCAAGAGACUACAGGAGGCCGAGCUGGAAAAGUUCAAAUGCGCCUCCAAACCUCUUCUGGCCCCGUUCGCGCUGCCGUUCCCACUGGGAUCUCCAUCAUCUCUGUACGGACCUCCAGCGUCUUUCCCCCCGGCCCGUACCGAUGCCAGGACUAUUUAACGGGCCCGUGUCCUAUGGGAUGUAUUAUUUGUCUUAAAAAAAAAAAAAAAAAAAAAAACACUUUCAUGUGACGGCUUCUUCCACUUUGAGAUGAUUUGAGAGACUUAAGCAAAUAUGAAAGUUUACACGAAAUUCACAGGGAAAAUGGCUAUAAUAGCGCUGGUAAUUGCACAAAUAAGUGCUGGAUAAUUUUAAUGAACAGCAUGUACUUUUGUAAUUUGAGGAACAUCUUCUAAUUCAUCUUGGUUGUUAUUGUAAUUACUUAUAAUAUCAUCUUGGACACGGUACAUUUUAACCCAAUUCCCUAAAGCCACAUGAAAUCACGGAAGGAAGCUGCUGUAUAUUAUCGUGUUUUAUUCUUUGUUAUAUACUGACGUGCUCUUGUGGAGCAGGUAGAUGUGUAACUCUUUUUAAGAUCAUCUGACACGGAGGUUAUCCGUCAGAAGAAGUACUUAUUGGCCUUAUGUUGGAAGUGCCUUGAAAGACCAAAUAUUUAUUAGUCUAAAAUAAAAAAUAUUCUUUCUUAAUUUUAACCGUU